GGGUUAGAGAGAGGGACGCCAGCGGGGUCCAAACUUCCGGUGCCUGCAGCGCUCGGAGCGGCGGCUGCACAGUCUGCACCCGCGGAGGCUGUACGGGCAGGAGCUGCUGGGCUGACGCGCGGGCCGGCGCAGUCAUGGUGAAGAUCAGUUUCCAGCCCGCCGUGGCCGGCAUCAAGGCCGACAAGGCCGAUAAGGCUUCGGCGUCGGCUGCGGCCCCGGCCGCAGAGAUCCUGCUGACGCCGGCUAGGGAGGAGCAGCCCCCCUGCCACCGCUCCAAGAAGGGGGGCUCGGUGGGCGGUGUGUGCUACCUGUCGAUGGGCAUGGUCGUGCUGCUCAUGGGCCUUGUGUUCGCCUCGGUCUACAUCUACAGAUACUUCUUCCUGGCUCAGCUGGCCCGCGAUAACUUCUUCCGCUGUGGUGUGCUCUAUGAGGACUCCCUGUCCUCCCAAGUCCGGGCUCAGAUGGAACUGGAAGAGGAUGUGAAAAUCUACCUCGAAGAGAACUAUGAGCGCAUCAAUGUCCCUGUGCCCCAGUUUGGCGGUGGUGACCCUGCAGACAUCAUCCACGACUUCCAGCGGGGACUAACUGCCUACCAUGACAUCUCCCUGGACAAAUGCUACGUCAUCGAGCUCAAUACCACCAUCGUGCUGCCCCCACGCAACUUCUGGGAGCUGCUCAUGAACGUGAAGAGAGGCACCUACCUGCCACAGACAUACAUCAUCCAAGAGGAGAUGGUGGUCACGGAGCAUGUCAGUGACAAGGAGGCCCUGGGCUCCUUCAUCUACCACCUGUGCAACGGGAAGGACACCUACCGGCUGCGGCGCCGGACUACCCGGAGGCGGAUCAACAAGCGUGGGGCCAAGAACUGCAACGCCAUCCGCCACUUCGAGAACACCUUCGUGGUGGAGACCCUCAUCUGCGGGGUGGUGUGAGGCCCUCCCCGCGUACCCCACCCUUGCCCUCUUCCUUUUUUCUUCUUUCUGGCCACUGUCUGGCCCUCCUCCUUCCCCUUGCUUAGCUUGUACUUUGGACACCUUUCUGUAGAUGUGACAUGUCUCACCUUUCCUGCCGUGCCAACUCCCUGUACCAGAGCUGUGACCUCUCGCAGCCCCCACCUCUGCUGACCUCCCAGUGUGGGGUUGGAAGGGGCACCCCAAGAUGGUUUCUGUGCCCACCACCUGGAAAUAGGGUCCUCUGGGGUCCAGGCCCACAGCCGUACUGGCAGCCUGGGGACAGGACUGGAUGGAUGAGCUGGGUCUGUAAUGGCCCUGGCAAGGUGGGAGGGAGGGUUAGGAGGGGCUUCAGAAAUACCCGCACAGC